AUCUCUAUAAAUAACCCUACAGAAAUUACCCUACUCAGAAAAACCCUCUCCCACACAUUAGAGAGACCGGUCCUACAUCGAGUGAGAUCAUCGUCCGAUCGUAUACACACGAUGCUACUGGAUGCCGGCAUGGUACUCAUAUCGGAGUUCUUGACCAAACACAUCAAGGAACUCGGCGCCCUCAUUCUAACCCUAGUUGUUGUCUUCAUAACAUCUUUCAUGAGGAAUGGCAUGAUGCGGAGAGUCUACUUGGUGGACUUCGCGUGCUACAAGCCCCCGGAAUCGCAGUCGUGCACGAGGGAGUUCACAAUGCGCCGAGCCCGGACCUCAGGGAGGUUCUCAGAGAAGACCCUCGACUUCAUGCAGGCGACGAUGGAUAGAUCGGGGUUGGGGGACUCCACAUACCUGCCUGAGGGGCUGAUCGGGGAGCUCGAGGACAUCUGCCUGGAGGAGGCUCUAAGGGAGGCCCGGUCGGUGAUGUUCGGGGCGGUCAGGGAGGUUCUAGAGAAGACGGGUCUUAAGGGCUCGGACAUCAGGAUCCUAGUAGUGAACUGCUGUGUGUUUUGCGUGGCCCCAUCUCUCUCCGCCAUGAUCGUGAACGAGUUCAAGCUGAGAGACGAUGUAAUGAGCUACAACCUCCAGGGGAUGGGGUGCAGUGCUAGUCUUGCUGCUAUAGGGCUCGCCAAACACCUCCUUCAGGUUCACUGCAACUCCUAUGCCCUAGUCUUGAGCACAGAGAACUUAACCGAAAAUGUCUACCAAGGCGAUGACCGCUCGAUGAUCCUUAUCAAUUGCUUAUUUCGUGUCGGUGGGGCAGUUGCUCUGCUCUCGAACCGACCGUCCAGUCGAUCAACUGCCAAGUACGAGCUCCUCCACACUGUUCACACCCAAACUGCCAGCUCUGAUCGCUCCUACAGCUGCAUUUUCCGGAAGGAGGACGAAGAGGGAGGCACUGGGAUCAGUAUCACCAAGGACCUCUUAGCUGUGGCCAAUCAAACUAUCAAAACAAACACCACUGCACUGGGUCACCUUGUCCUGCCCCUUUCAGAAAAGUUCCGGUAUGCUGUUAAUGCUAUGGUCCGGUACUUUCAAGUGAUGGAGGUCAAGCCGUACAUUCCGGACUUUACCAAGGCCAUUGAUCACAUCUGCUCCCAUGUUGGCGGGAAGCCUGUACUGGACGAGCUGCAGAAGAGCCUGCACCUGAGCGAUGCCCACAUGGAGGCAUCGAGGAUGACUCUUUACAAGUUCGGGAACACAUCCAGCAGUUCAGUCUGGUACGAGCUGGCAUACAUUGAGGCCAAGGGGAGGAUGAAGAGGGGAGACCGGGUGUGGCAGAUUGCCUUUGGCUCGGGGUUCAAGUGCCACAGUGCGAUAUGGAGGGUCAUCAGGAUGGUCGAGCCUGAGGAAAGGAAUCCCUGGUCUGAUGAGAUCAACAGUUACCCAGUUGACCUUUCCGGUGUCGGAUCAUUUCCUUAUUUUUUCCAAUCAUCCAAGGAAAAUAUCAUGGGUUGAAACAAGACAUACGGGCCAGUUGGUUCCGUCAUCUCUUUGGAUGCAUGAAUUAGGUUUUGAUGAGUGUUAUUGUCGUUUUUUCCACUGCAUUACUGAAACAUUGACAAGAAGGCAAUGUAACAUGCCCCCCCUUCGUCGGUCAAUUAGGUAACGAUAUUAGCAUGUUACUAUAAAUCAAUAAUAAGGAUAUUAUCUAUUUCUCAUUGCACCAGACUUCUUCCGCAGUUGCUUGUUGGCUAGUAUAGAUGUUGCAUAAUGGGGUGGUUUUUCGAUCAAGAUUUUGCGAGACCAUAUAAUGAAAUGAAUGAAGUACAGAUAUGCACAAUAUUGAGAGAUA